AUGUCCGAAGCAAGGGAAGUCGACAGUAGCAAGAAACAGAAAGUGCUGACAUGGACCGAAAAAUACCGACCGAAGACUCUUGACGAUAUCGCUCACCAAGAAGAAGUUGUCACAAUGCUCAAAGGAGCUCUCCAAGGCAAAGAUUUGCCACAUCUUCUGUUUUACGGUCCACCAGGAACUGGUAAAACAUCUACAGCUCUAGCGUUCUGUCGUCAACUGUUUCCCAGUAGCAUUUUUCGAGAUCGUGUGCUUGACUUGAAUGCUUCCGAUGAACGUGGAAUUUCUGUUGUUCGGCAGAAGAUACAAGCUUUUUCAAAAACAACACUUGGUUCGAGUAACAAAGAGGAUGUUUUGAGACUGAAGAUUAUUAUUCUGGAUGAGGUGGACGCAAUGACAAGAGAAGCGCAAGCUGCCAUGCGCAGAGUUAUCGAAGAUUUCUCGAAAACUACCCGUUUCAUUCUGAUUUGCAAUUACGUAUCUCGACUCAUUCCACCAGUUGUCAGUCGAUGUGCCAAAUUCAGAUUCAAAUCUUUGCCAGCAGAAGUACAGGUUCAGAGACUUCGUACGAUUUGUGACGCAGAAGGGACGCCAAUGAGCGAAGAUGAAUUGAAGCAAGUGAUGGAAUACUCUGAAGGAGAUUUGAGAAGAGCUGUUUGCACACUUCAGUCGCUGGCACCUAUUCUAAAAAAUGUGAGUUACAUUCCGGGCGACGAAAGUGCUCGCAACUGUUAUCUUCGUGGUUCGUCGGAUGCACUUCUCAUUUCCGAUCUCUGCAAAACCCUCCCUUCUGCCGAUGUUCCUCAAAUCAUAUCCAUGACCAAAAGUAUCACCAAGUCAUGUACCGGAGUUGCUUUCAUCCGCUGCUGUUUCCACCAAAUGCUCGACGACAAUCUUAUUAACGACGAAAACAUUUCUGUCAUGGGAAAACUUGUGGCGGUUUGUGAGAAGCGUAUUCUGGAUGGAUGCGACCUGGAGAACAACCUUCUCGAUUUUCUUCUUACUCUCCGUGAAACAAUUCAUUGA